UCUGCAGUCAUGAAUACUUCCGCUUCUCUUUCUGAACAAAUCCAGAUCAUGGAGAAAUUUGAUAUCUUCAAGGUCCAGGGAAGGGAUAAACGAGGACGAAAGAUUCUCCGUAUCGUCGGAAAGUUCUUCCCUGCACGGGUCGCCAGUAGCGAAGCUCUGAAAAAGUAUUUGGAAGAGAAGAUCUUUCCUCAACUGGAAGGGAGACCGUUUUCGGUAGUGUAUGUGCAUACAAACGUUCAGAGAAACGAGAACUUUCCAGGAAUCUCGACCCUACGAUCGAUCUACGAAGCGAUUCCGAUCAACGUCAAGGAGAAUCUGGAAGCGGUUUACUUUGUUCACCCUGGUCUUCAGUCCAGGCUCUUUCUCGCUACCGUCGGUCGUUUUCUCUUCACUGGAGGGUUGUACGGGAAGCUGAAAUACGUGAGCAGGUUAGAGUUUCUGUGGGAGCAUGUGCGGAGAAAUGAUAUUGAGAUACCGGAGUUUGUUUAUGAUCAUGACGAGGAGCUUGAGUACCGUCCGAUGAUGGAUUAUGGAUUGGAGAGCGAUCACCCUAGGGUGUACGGUGCUCCCACGAUGGACUCGCCUGUUUCUGUGUACUCCAUGAGGUGUAUCUCAUAGUAAG